AUCCGGCGCAGGAGACCAACCCCUGCCAUGCUGUUCCGGCUCUCGGAGCACUCCUCACCAGAAGAGGAGGCUUCCCCGCACCAGAGAGCUGCAGGAGAGGGGCACCACCUCAAGUCGAAGAGACCCAACCCCUGUGCCUACACGCCACCUUCGCUGAAAGCUGUGCAACGCAUCGCUGAGUCUCACCUGCAGUCCAUCAGCAACCUGGGUGAGAACCAGACCUCGGAGGAGGAGGAUGAGCUGGGGGAGCUGCGAGAGCUGGGCUACCCAAGGGAGGAGGACGAAGAGGAGGAGGAGGACGAUGACGAAGAGGAGGAAGAGGAGGACAGCCAGGCUGAAGUCCUGAAGUUUGCUGGGAAAAAGACAACCUGUGGCCAGGGGCUGGAGGGGCCCUGGGAGCGCCCACCACCUCUGGAUGAGCCCCAGAAAGAUGGAAGCUCUGAAGACCAAGUGGAAGACCCAGCAAGGAGCGAGCCGGGGGAGGGGCCUGAGCGCCCUGCCGGCCCUGAACCUGGCACAUAGGCACCCAGCCCUGCAUCUCCCAGGAGGAAGAGGAGGAGGCAUUGCUGUUCCCCGUAGUCCCGAUCCUAUCCUGUACCCUUUCCCUCACCCGCUAGGGCUGCGGCUUCUGACUUCUAGAAGACUAAGGCUGGUUUGUGUUUGCUUGUUUGCCCACCUUUGGCUGAUGCCCAGAGUCCCUGGGCACUUACUGCCUGAUGCCCACCCCUGCCAGUCAUUCCCCCAUUCACCCAGGGGGAGGCGGGAUGUCAGAGAGCCCUCACUGGGAACUCCAGGAAAUGAGAAACAAGGAUUGACCUCGUAAUUCAACUCCCUAGUUCCUCUCCCCUGGGCACAGGAGACCCACAGGGCAGGACCCUAAGAUCUGGGGAAAGGCGAGACUGAGAAACCUGUAGGUAUCCUUACAUUCUUCUUAUGCCCUUUCCCAAGGGGGAUUCCAAGUCACCUCCCCCCCUCACUGGCUUCUACCAGGGCCCAGGAGUCAGGCUCCUUCUCUACAGCCUCGAAUGUUGGAAAUCUUCCCCUUGUCACCUCUUGUCCUCCUGGGUGCCUGGAAGAUGGACUGGCAUCGGCUGCUUUGUUGCGUUGUCUGUGCUUUGUUUGC